AUGGAAAAAAAAGAGCCCACUUUUGAGUUCACUAAAAAAGUAAGCCAAGAAAAUAAUGGCUUGGCAGAAAAAGCAAGAAAAGGUAUCAAGGAGGCUCGCUCGAUAUCAACAUGGCAAGCCCUGUGGACUCACAGAAAAGCCGUCUUUUGGACAUGGGCAAUAUCUUGGGCCAUUAUUAUGGAGGCCUACGAUGAUUCCCUAAUUUCUUCUGUCUAUGGAUACUCAACAUUUGCCAAGAAAUACGGAAGAUACUAUCCAAAAAUCAAGGAGUAUCAAAUUCCUGCCAGAUGGCAAACUGGUCUUAGUAUGGCAUCUCCUGUAGGUGAAAUUAUCGGCUUGUUGAUUAAUGGUUUGCUUGUUGAGAGAUACGGUUACAAGAAAGUUAUCAUGCCUUGCUACUUUCUAGCAACUGGAUUCAUUUUUAUCGUUUUCUUUGCUCCCAAUAUCCAUGUUUUGUUGGCAGGAGAAAUUUUAUGCACUAUUAUUUGGGGAUUACUUGGUGGAAUUGCUCCAGGUUAUGCAGCCGAAAUGUGCCCAACUGUCCUUCGCGGCUAUCUCACAAUGUAUGUUAACUUCACAUUCACUAUUGGACACUUCAUUAAAGCUGGUGUUCUCUGCGGAUUUUCAAAAAAUACAACUGAAUGGUCCUACAGAAUUCCAUUUGCGCUACAAUGGGUAUGGCCUAUUCCUUUGGCUCUCGUUACCUACUUUGCGCCAGAAUCACCAUGGUGGCUGAUCAGAAGAGGAAGACCCGAAGAGGCAAAACAGACGUUACUCAAGCUUAGAAAUGAAGAUGAAAGCGAAGAAGUCGAAAACGAGGUUGCGAUGAUGAUUCAUAGUGAUUUGCGCAAUCAAAAUGAUGAGCGAAACUACUCUUAUAAGGAUUGUUUUAGGGGAACAAAUCUCAGAAGAACUGAAAUUGUCGUCAUGGUUUGGAUGGCCCAACAGAUGGUGGGUUUUGGAGGAGUUUCUGGCUCAUAUUUUUUCGAGCAAGUCGGUUUCACACAAGCAAAGUCUUACUCAUUUACCUUCAUCGGUGAAGGUAUAGCCCUUUUUGGUGAUGUCAGCUCCUGGUUCUUCUCAGGUAUCUUUGGACACAGAAGACUUUACACGGGUGGCAUGUACUUCCAGUCUAUCAUUUAUUUCGUGGUUGCAAUCUUAGCAUUGGCACCGCAGGAUAAGGAUGGUCCAAAAUGGGCUGCAGCCAUUAUUUUAAUGACUCAAAGCUACUUCUAUGACUGCAGUAUUGGUCCGUUAGCUUUUGCUAUUACCUCUGAAACUCCAACAGCUCGUUUGAGAAACAAGACAUUUGCUGUUGGUCGUUCAAUAUACUACAUUUUGGGAAUUGUCCAGUCUGUCGCCAAUCCAUAUAUGAUCAACCCUACUCAAAGAAACUGGAAAGGUAAAGCCGCGUUCUUGCCUGCUAUUCUCAGUGCAAUGUGGGGCACUUGGUGUCUCUUUAGACUUCCAGAAACAAGAGCAAGAACAUUUGAAGAGCUCGAUGUCAUGUUCGAAAACAAGGUUCCGACAAGAAGUUUCCGUACUUAUGAUACUGAUGAUGCUUUGUUUGGAGAUGAAAUCGAGCCUUGA